AACGGUAAGAAGAAGGCACUGUGCAUUGGAAUCAACUACUUACAGUAUUUCGGAAAAAGCUACGAACUGAAGGGGUGUAUCAACGAUGCGAGGAAUAUGCGGAGCUUUUUACGCAGUGGACACGGAACAAAAAAAGAACACAUUAGUCAGCGCGUGCUACCUGAUCACAAUAGGAAGAAGACUGGAAGUGCUCCGCGAAUAUUACACGAGAUGGGGUUGCUCGUGAAAGACGCACAGCCGGGCGACCUUUUCUUCUUCCAUUAUUCGGGUCACGGAGAUCAGAAAGCAGACACUGACCUAGACGAGGCUGAUGGGUAUGAUGAAUCGAUCUGCCCUGUCGAUUGGGAAGAAAGCGGAUAUAUCAUGGAUGAUGAAAUGAACAGUAUCAUGAUCAGCUCUCUCCCGUCUGGUUGCCACUUUACGGCGAUUUUCGACUCGUGCCAUUCGGGAACCGCGCUAGAUCUUUCCUAUACCAUACGUCCACAGGAAGACACCGGCUCAGAUGUGAAGAUACCUGGUCCUACGGAUAUAAUGGAGGCUACGGCAGCAUCGGCUGAGGGAGUCGGUGCAAGGAGAUUGGCGAGAAAGAAUGGGAAGAGACGCGUGACGGUGUCGGAUGGAGCGGAAAAGACACUUAGGCCAGCGAAGAGUAUUGUGGCCGAUUGCAUCUGCUGGAGCGGAUGUAAAGACUCGCAGCUGAGCAAUGAGAUGGUGAAGGAUGCGAUCGUCACGGGGGCCAUGUCUAAUGCCUUCAUAACCGCUCUCUCUGCCAAUCCACACCAAAGCUACAGACAGCUCUUGCAAGAUCUGAAGCAGGUCUUGGGAACAAAAUAUUGUCAGGAGCCGCAGCUUUCGAGUUCUCACCCGAUAGUGAGUCUCUUUCUUGUAUGUUAA